UGUUUCCUACUCGUGCUUAUCGUUUGUGUUUACUUCGUCAUUCUGUGCCUGGAAAUAGCUAGCAUUAAAUGAUAUCAGUGAAAAUUUCAAACAACAGUGCACUAAACUGGAAUAUUUCAGAAGCAAAUUCCGCAUUUAUGAUCAGUUAUAACUAUGUCCAAUGUGACUUUUUAUUUCUGAACUAUUGACGGUUGAAUAUUAUUCCACGAAUUUAACUUUUGCUUGUUGCAAAAAUUUGCAAUGUGUCUGAUAAAAAAUCUAGGUGUAGCAAUAAAUUUCCUAUCAGUUGAUAAAAACUAUCAAUGGAAUAAUGGAACCUUCGCGUUCCAUAUGCCAUUUCAUAAAGUGAAACAUUUUUGAAUAAUAUUACUAACUACCUAACUGGUACUUUAGAUACAUAAAUAUUCUUUUAGUUGCAAAUUCUUGUCCUUCGCAUAUUUACUCGCUUGUUCUGACAGUGUUCAAAGUACUUUGUGGUGGAAAAUGAGGAUCCUACGACGGACAUAUAUCAAAUACAAACCAUUAAAUCUAGAUAGAUACUUAGAUGAGGCUGUCAUCGGUCCAAAAUUUGGCAAGAGACAUGGUCAGAUCAUAAUAUAUUUCCUCCUCAUCUUCAUCGCCUACUCGAUCAGAGUGAACUUGUCAGUAGGUAUAGUUGCGAUGACUGAUCCGACGGCUAGUAGUAACCCAAAUAUACCGACUUACAACUGGACAGAUAAAAGUGUUGUCUUGUCGGCGUUCUUCUGGGGUUACAUUCUUCCCCAAGUGGGAGCUGGGUGGUUAUCGAACCGUUACGGUCCAAAAUGGUUUUUAAUAGGUUCGAUGGGAGUUUGUUCUCUGGCCGGAAUGGCAAUUCCUAGUUUGGCAGCGAGUCUGGGUUCGAAAGGAGUGAUGGUUGGAAGAGCUAUUCAAGGACUGUCGCAAGGCUUCAUAUUUCCAUCUAUGCACGUUCUUCUGGCUAAAUGGGUACCACCAAACGAGAGGAGUAGAUUGGGAACAUUUGUGUAUGCAGCUGGCCCAUUUGGAACAGUAGCUUCGAUGUUACUAACGGGCUUCAUCGCCUCUAGCUGGUAUGGAUGGCCAAUGGUAUUUUAUUCCUUCAGUGGAGCUGGAUUAGCAUGGUGUUUUCUCUUCUGCUAUUACGGUUGCGAUGGACCAUCACAUCAUUCGACAAUAACUGAAGAGGAGAAAUUUUACAUUGAAAACAGUUUGGGUCAUACGGAUCAAUCAACGAAAAUGUCGACACCUUGGUCAAAAAUAUUCACAUCCUGGCCCGUUUGGGCUAUCUUCCUCACGCAAAGUGGUCACAACUGGGGAUUUUGGACAUUAUUGACGGAGAUUCCCGCUUACAUGAGCAACGUGAUGGAUUUCAACAUCAAAUCUAAUAGUGUUCUAUCUGCACUGCCAUAUUUUGUACUUUGGGUAUUGAGCUUCGUCUUCAGCUCCAUCGCCGACUGGCUGAUUAACAAAAAUAUUCUCACAAUUGGAGUUUCCAGAAAAGUGUUCAAUACUAUUGGUCUGAUAGUUCCUGCCAUAGCACUGAUUUACCUUGGGAAUACUGGUGCAGAUGAGCACAACAAAGCUAUAACUUUACUAGUCAUAGCUGUUGGUGUGAACUCUGCCAUUUACUGCGGUUUCAACGUGAACCACAUGGACAUAUCUCCAAAUCAUGCUGGUACUCUUAUGGGAAUCACGAAUGGUGCCUCAAACAUUUGUGGUAUAGUGGCUCCUUUAGUAGUUCAACUUCUUGUUGUGGAAGAGAAAAAUCCGGAGCAAUGGAAAGUAAUAUUCUACUUAACGGCUUCCAUUUAUGCUCUUGCGAGUUUAAUCUUUGUUAUAUUUGGAUCUGGAGAAAUCCAACCAUGGAAUGACGAAGAUAAAUCAGAUAAGGAGAAAACUAAGGCGUGAACUUGUGAUCAAGACAUAAAACAAGAACUGUGAUAUUUCAGUUUAUGUUAAUUUAUUAUAUUUCUAAAGUAAUCAAACCCGAAGAGAAAAUCUUCUAUGAAGAAUUUUCUCAUCUCAAUUUUUUAAACAUACGUUGAAUAAUUUAUGAAAUUGUUGAUGGAAAUUAUGCGAGUUUCUGUUAUUAAUAUAAACUAUACUAUUAUUCCAAAACAGUUGGCACUAAAUUCUCAGAAAUGAUUGACGUUUUUGUCUUAACCUGUCUUUUGAAGUGACGUACUGAAAGUAUACCAAACAAAUUAGGAAAAAUGAUGAUAAAAUAUAUAGAAUUACAACCUUGACAACAAUGUUUUCGUUUUGAUGCAAUCAUAUAUCUGAGAAUUAAGUGCCCACUACUAUGAAAUUAUACUAUAGUUCAUAACUUUGAAAAUAGGUAUAGGGAUUAAUCUGAAUGUAAUUCACAAAUUAUUAUCAAAUACUGUCAGCGUCUACUGUGAUUUUUUAUCUCCCAAGAAAGCUGACCCAUGUCUUUUAUUAACUUCACUCUAUCUGGAUAGCCCAUGAGAAUGUGAAAAUUGAUUCACCCACAUUCCGAUCUGAUGAAUAUAUAUGUAGGUGUAUUCAAUAUAUGUACUUUACUGUCAUUAUUUUUACUUUACCAAUAAUGAGAGAUAGAGGACCGGCCAAAAUUUCAUAGUACAUUACAUAUACAUUGAAUAUGAACAUACAGAAAUUUUGAAAGUUUUACUUAUUUAUGAAAUAUAUUUGUAUUUCCAUA